AAAGAGGCGAGGAAGAGGCCAGAAGCCAUCGAGACUUGGACGGAAGCGGAGUCGUCGGUGGGAGUUACAACAACUUCAGGCAGAUAAGCGGAGCAGCUUUUUGGGAGCUCAGGAGGUGGAGGUGCCCGACAAAAAAAAAUGUGUGUACCCAAAUGGGAACGGUGAAUAAAGUGUCCAUUUAAGGAAAAAACUAUCCAAACCAUUAAAAGAAACACCAGACCUGCUAAAACUUUGGUAAACCAGAAACCGGAAGUGCUGGAAAAGAAGGACGGUCUGGAUCAGAUAGCCAACCCCAGAUAAAAUCAACUUUUUGUCCUCCAACACCUCGCAACCCCUAUUUAUGAUUAUCGUUCUGCUGCUGCUGUUCCAAUCGCUGUGCCUCUACUGCCAACGUCUGGUGCUCUACGUCCACGACCGAUGCUUCCCGAAGAACGUCCGCCUGCUCCAGGAGGUGGCCGAGACGGUGGGCGAUCGUAAGGCGCCCCAACGCCUGGCCGAGCAGCAGCUGGAGCAGCUAAAGCGCAGCCAGAAGCGGCGCAUCCUCGAGCCAAUCCUACCCCUCGUCGGUGGCCUCAACUCGGAGGCCUGUCGUUUCUGUGCCCACAGUCCCCAGGGCUAUUGUCGCCAUCACUUCCAUCUGCAGGAGCUGCAGCUCCAUAAGCAGCGGGGCACUCGCGGUGACCAGGACUUCCGACAGCUUCGGAGGAUUAAGCGGGAGCUGAAGAGAACCAUCGGGCAGCAGCAACAACAGCAGCAGGCUAGAAGCUAUCGUCCCCUGAGACUAAGUGCCAGUUGGAGCACCAAUUCUCUGAGCAGUGGCUACGGAUCCUUGGCCAGUUUUGGCAGUCAGGAGCAGGUGGAAGUGCUAGAGGAUAACGAGGUGUUUGAGGAGGAGACUCCCUUGCCGCAAGAGGAAGGGCAACCAGAGGGCUUGGACGAACAGGAAGAAACGGAAGAGGAUAACCGACCACUUCUAACCACUCACUUGUAGGCUUUGUUUCUUUUCGAUGAGGACUUUAAAG